CGCGCGCCGGGGACGGCGGGAGGGCGCGCGCACAAAGUUUGUGCCUGCGGGUGCGCGUCGGGCGGCUCGCCCGGCUCCCAGAGCAGCGGGUGGGCGGCCCGAGGGCGGAGAGGCCCGGGGCGAAGGGCCGCGCUGGCAGCGGCAGCGGCCGUGGCGAGGCGAUGCGCCCCGCCGAGCCCGUCCCGCCGCGCUAGGUGAAACGUCUCCACGAGCGCGGCCGCGGCCAUGGGCACCCUGGGCAAGGCGAGAGAGGCUCCGCGGUCCUCGCUGCCACGCACCUGGGACUCCCACUCGCGGACUUUCCCGGACGCCCGCACCUGCCGGGGCUCCGGGCUCCGGGCGCGCCACCUGGCGGUCUCUGCCGGCCCUGCAAGUCUCGGGAGGACCCAGAAAGGCCAGCAGGGCUUGCAGCGACGAACAAGCAGAGGAAACCUUCUCAUGGCUGCAGAGCUGCCCCUAAAGCAAAACUAGAGGCGAAGCCAGCCAGCAGCCCCUUCCCCUCCCAUCCCAGCCUGGCCCAGAUCACCCAGUUCCGAAUGAUGGUGUCUCUGGGACAUUUGGCCAAAGGAGCCAGCCUGGACGAUCUCAUCGAUAGCUGCAUUCAAUCCUUUGAUGCAGAUGGAAACCUGUGCCGAAGUAACCAACUGCUGCAAGUCAUGCUGACCAUGCACCGAGUUAUCAUUUCCUCUGCGGAACUGCUCCAAAAAGUGAUCGCCCUGUAUAAGGACGCCUGGGCCAAGAAGUCACCAGGGCUGUGCCUGAAGAUCUGCUACUUCGUAAGGUACUGGAUAACGGAAUUCUGGACCAUGUUUAAGAUGGAUGCCAGCUUGACGAACACCAUGGAGGAGUUCCAGGAACUGGUGAAGGCUAGUGGGGAGGAGUUACACUGCCGCCUGAUCGACACAACUCAAAUCAAUGCCCGUGACUGGUCCAGGAAACUUACUCAAAGGAUAAAAUCGAACACCAGCAAGAAACGGAAAGUCUCCCUGCUCUUUGACCACCUGGAACCGGAAGAGCUGUCGGAGCACCUCACCUACCUGGAGUUCAAGUCCUUCCGGAGGAUCUCCUUCUCCGACUACCAGAAUUACGCGGUGAACAGCUGUGUGAAGGAGAACCCCACCAUGGAGCGGUCCAUAGCCCUGUGCAACGGCAUCUCCCAGUGGGUGCAGCUGAUGGUGCUUAGCCGCCCCACUCCGCAGCUCCGAGCUGAGGUCUUCAUUAAGUUCAUCCAGGUGGCUCAGAAGCUCCACCAACUACAGAACUUCAAUACUUUGAUGGCCGUGAUAGGCGGCCUGUGUCACAGCUCCAUCUCCAGGCUCAAGGAGACAAGCUCACACGUCCCCCACGAAAUCAACAAGGUCCUAGGUGAGAUGACUGAGCUGCUGUCCUCCUGCAGAAACUAUGACAACUACCGGCGAGCCUAUGGAGAGUGCACCCACUUCAAGAUCCCCAUCCUGGGGGUGCACCUCAAGGACCUCAUCUCCCUGUAUGAAGCCAUGCCCGACUACCUAGAGGAUGGGAAGGUGAACGUCCACAAGCUGCUGGCCCUUUACAAUCACAUCAACGAACUGGUCCAGCUGCAGGAGGUGGCCCCACCCUUGGAGGCCAACAAGGACUUGGUGCACCUGCUGACGUUAUCCCUCGAUCUCUAUUACACUGAGGAUGAAAUCUACGAGCUCUCCUACGCCCGGGAACCAAGGAACCACAGAGCCCCCCCAUUAACACCUUCAAAGCCACCAGUAGUAGUGGACUGGGCCUCUGGGGUAUCUCCCAAACCUGACCCAAAGACUAUAAGCAAGCACGUCCAGCGGAUGGUGGAUUCUGUCUUCAAGAACUAUGAUCAUGACCAAGACGGAUACAUUUCUCAGGAAGAAUUUGAAAAAAUUGCUGCGAGUUUUCCGUUUUCCUUCUGUGUGAUGGACAAAGACAGGGAAGGCCUCAUCAGCCGGGACGAGAUCACAGCCUACUUCAUGAGGGCCAGCUCCAUCUACUCCAAGCUGGGCCUGGGCUUUCCUCACAACUUCCAAGAGACAACCUACCUGAAGCCUACUUUCUGUGACAACUGUGCUGGAUUUCUCUGGGGAGUGAUCAAACAAGGAUAUCGAUGUAAAGACUGCGGGAUGAACUGCCACAAACAAUGCAAAGAUCUGGUUGUGUUCGAGUGCAAGAAGCGAGCCAAGAACUCAGCAGCUCUCACAGACAAUAGCACCGCUGUGGGGCCAACGUUCAACCUCUGCUCACUGGGAGCCAAAGAUCUGCUCCAUGCACCUGAGGAUGGACCUUUUCCAUUCCCUAAUGGGGAGGCUGUGGAACAAAGUGAAGAAAGUAAAGAUCGGACCAUCAUGCUCAUGGGAGUGUCCUCACAGAAGAUUUCUGUUCGGCUGAAGAGGACUGUCGCCCACAAGGCCACCCAGACCGAAGUACUGCCUUGGAUGGGCAGCGAGGGCCCUUCUGGUCCUUUUGCGCUAUCUUCCCCAAGGAAGACAGCCCAGGACACUCUGUACGUGCUUCCUAGUCCUACGUCUCCAUGCCCCAGCCCAGUCUUGGUCAGAAAGCGGGCUUUUGUCAAGUGGGAGAAUAAAGACUCCUUCAUGAAAUCAAAGGAGGAACUCCGCCACCUCAGACUCCCAACUUACCAAGAGCUGGAACAGGUCUUGACAUUUUACAUGUCCAUGAAAAGGAACAAUGUAGAUGGCAACAAUGACUUCCUGAUGCAAGAAAUGGGUGGUAGAGAGAUUUCAUAUGAGGAAAUAAAUACACUGAAAGCAGAUAAUGAUGCUCUAAAGAUCCAACUGAGAUAUGCACAGAAGAAAAUAGAAGGACUCCAACUUGCAAAAAGCAAUCAUGUCUUAGCUCAGAUGGAACAGGGUGACAGUUCUUAGCCCAGAAACGCAAGAAGCACAAUCUGUAGAUAAAUGGAUCAGAGAUCUCAUUUCCCAAACCAGUCAACACAAAGAUUGGGGAACCUUAGAGUGACCAGCUUUAAAGGGGGUACUUUAAAGGAAAAGCUAGUCUCUCCCCCACUCCACCCCCCGGUAAUGUGUGAUAUUGUUUUCUCUUCCAGUCAGUUGAAUCAAAGGGGAGGAAAACUGAAAAAUGCAAAAUUUUUGCCAUUCAUACCACUAACAUUUUCCCCUGAGACUAAGGGCAAAAGUAAGAAAAAACAUGACUAUAGUUUUCUGACAAGGUAGCUUCUCCUAUGUGGCCUGCCUGGCUGCUUCUUCCUCAGAACUAAAAUCUCUGGAAAAUAAAUUUGCUUCCUUCCCUGGGGUUUUCUGUAAACUGGGGAAUUUACUUUGUUCCACUCAAAGCUUAUUUAUAAUAUUAAAGUAGAUUCACUUCCUCUACAUUCCAGCAUUCUUUAUGAAUCUGGUUCCAGAUUCACUACCUCAAAUCUAAUCAAUUAGCCCCUCCCACCCCAUCCUUCCUCACUGUGCUCAUCAUAUACACAAGGGUAUCUACCUAGAGCUGAACUUCUAGAAUGUAAGUACAAAUUGUGGAGGCCUAUUCAACAACAUGACAUUAUCCAGUUGUAUAUCAACUAAUAGAUUUAGUCACAAAGUCAUAAUAAAUAAGUAAUCAAAUUAAAUGCCUGAAAACAUAACUAUUACCAUUUUAUACAUGACUGAGUAAUUAGCUAAAAUAAACAUAAUGGAAACAUGUCUGUCCUCUACAGUGGAUAGAAUUAGGACUUUAUGGCUACUUUUUAAAAAACAGAGUCUGCUUAGCACUUCAUGUGCCAUCUUUACCCUUUUUUAAGUAACUUUUUGAGCUGAAUUUGUGCUUACCAGUAUACUGCCUUCACUAUUAAUACCAUUUAGAAAUAAGCUAAUUGGAUCAGAGCCUUCAAUAACAGCUGACAGCGUGUAUAUAUGUGUAUAUAUUAUGUAUAUACAGUAUCAGGCAUGCAUGUGACUUGGAAUUUUGUUUCCCCCUUCAUAAAAUGUGGAAGUGAAUUAAACAACUUUUAGUUAUUUACAUAAAUUCACAAAUAUAAGUUCAGUUUGUUAUAAGAUGAAGAAUUUACUCACAAUGUAAAUUGUAUUGUUUGCAACCUCAUAAGUAAGAGCCCUGUGAGUUAUCUAUUAAUGAAAGUUAAUGAUAAAUGGGCUCAUUUAGUUGUCUAGGCAACUGAUCACUAACUCCUUUGUUAGACUAUUUCUCUAAAAAAGUCCAAUGAAUCAUUUUCUUUCUUUCUUUUUUUUUUG